CAGAGUUUCAGUUACUUAGUCAGGAGAACCAAACCCAGACACAGACACAUCCAUCCAUCACCCCCAUCAUCUCUCCAAUUAACUUUGUCUCUGAAACAAUGGCAGCAAUGACCCAAUGACACACUCAAUUCACAGUCUCUGCUUUUUCAUUAACAAAAUCUCUUUCAAACUCAACAUAAACUCUAAUCUUUUCAUUCACAUCUCACCAUCUCCUCUUUAUCUCUGCUUUGCUUUGAAUCAAUCUUUCUUAUGGGUUUCUGUAACCAUGUCAGACAGACAAACACCCCCAGAACACACCAGUCAAACAGAACAGAGUGUAAAUGCAGCAACAGUAGUAUAGUAAAGUAAAGAGAAACAGAUUUCAGGGUUCAGGAGAGAUUCUGCAAGCAUUAAGUAUCAAACAUUCAACACCUCUCUUCUUGUCUUUGAUUUCUUUCUCUGAUCUUCUUGGCUUUAGAUUUCUCAAAAAUGUUGAUGAAUGGGGGAAGAAACAAACCACCAUUUACACCAUUACAAUGGCAAGAACUAGAAACACAAGCAUUAAUCUUCAAACAUAUGGUUUCAGGAAUACCAAUACCAGCUGAGCUUCUAUUUCCACUUAAAUUCCAUUCAUCUUCUUUGCUUUCUUCUAAGCUUUUUCUUCCAUCUGAUCCACAAAUUCCAUGGACGUACUAUCAUAUGGGAUUAGGAAGGAAGAUUGAUCCAGAACCAGGAAGAUGUAGAAGAACAGAUGGAAAGAAAUGGAGAUGUGCUAAAGAAGCUUAUCAUGAUUCUAAGUAUUGUGAAAAACAUAUGCAUAGAGGAAGGAAUCGUUCAAGAAAGCCUGUGGAAGAGAUCUUAACAUCAACAUCAUCGACACCAAAUCAAUCAAAAUCUAUGAUUUCUUCAAAUUUCAGUACUUACUAUAAUUCUCCAUCUCCUUCUUCUUCUUCUUCGUCUUCUUCUUCAAGAUAUGGUUUUCCUUAUCCUCAAUCAAACUCAACACCCCAUUUUGCUAAAGAUUCUACUGAAUCACCAUCUUAUAACAGGUCUGUGAAUGGUGGAGGGAGAGAUGAAAGAUCAUUCUUCACAGAAAAACCAGAUUUAUCACUUUCAAAUUCAAAUUCAUGGAAUUAUACACCAUUAAGAAUGAAUUCUACUUCCUCUGUAUCCCCUGCUUCACAAAAUGGGUUUUCUCAAUUUGAUCAUAUCAGUCACAACAACAUUCAUCAUCAACAAGAGCAGCAGCAACAGAAGAAGCAUUGCUUUGUUCUGGGAACUGAUUUCUUCAAAUCAGCAAAGCAAGAACAAGAUCAACAACAACAACAUCAUCAGUUUCUGCAGUUCAUAGAUGAAUAUCCAUUAAGAAACAGAGAAACACCAUCAUCAACAGCAUCAACCCAGCUCUCAAUCUCAAUUCCUCAUCCAUUUCUCUAAUCCCCUCCAGAACAAAAAAAGGAUGAUGAAGAUUUUGAGGCAUGGGGUUGUGUUUAGAUUAGAAUCCAAAAAAGUACCAUCUACUUGUUUUGUUUGUUGUAAGAAAGUGGAGGCAUGAAUGAAAUGGAGUAAGAAAAAAACAGAGUCC